AUGGCGUUGAGUCAGACCAACGGCAAUCUCCUGAGGACUCGCAUCCUUCCCGUUAAUACCAACGACCUGGGAAAUUUCAAAGACCGACAGACAUUGGAAACUUGGGAGCUCCCUGGAGAUCAAUCUAGCCUCGAACCCCUUCGAGAAGCUGCUCUACAUCUUCGAAAGAGCAACAUACCAGUUGGGUUUCCUACAGAAACGGUGUACGGCUUGGGUGCAGAUGCUACAAGGAGUGAUGCUGUGAAGGGGAUCUACAAGGCAAAGGGUCGACCCUCAGACAAUCCACUCAUCAUUCACGUCUGCGACCUCACUAUGCUCCGGAGUUUGGUGAAGCCCUCUGGGCAGGUAAACGGCAAUGUUGAGUCUACGGAUCCGAUACCCGCCAUUUACACGCCAUUGAUCAAGGAAUUCUGGCCUGGGCCGCUAACGAUUCUGCUCCCAAAUCCACAACCAAGCAAGUUGGCACCAGAGGUCACUGCUGGACUCCCCACCUUCGGUGCUCGUAUGACAGACUCUCCUCUGGCGCUAUCACUCAUACGCCUUGCUGGGGUUCCACUCGCUGCUCCCUCUGCAAAUGCCUCCACGAAGCCGUCCCCCACCACAGCCGAACACGUCAAGCAUGAUUUGGAAGGCAAGAUUGAGAUUAUACUGGAUGGUGGAGCUUGUCAAGUUGGGGUUGAGAGCACUGUGGUAGACGGGUUGUGUGACCCACCUGUUGUACUUCGGCCGGGUGGUGUCAGUAUCAAUCGUAUCCGAGAAUGUGAGGGCUGGUCUGGUGUUGUGAAGGGCUAUAAGGACCACAGCGAAUUGGGAUUAAACACACCAAGAGCUCCUGGGAUGAAAUACAAGCACUAUAGUCCCAAAGCCAAGGUUGUCCUCUUCGAAGCUGCUUCUCAACGAGAUACCCAGGCUGGACGAGGAAUGAAAUGGGGCAUCCCGCUCGAGGCUUGGAAACUGGUUAAAGCUAAGGAGGAAAAGAUAUCCUAUCUUGGACUCGAGAAUUCCGAGUGGCCAAUCAACGUUGGGAUCGUGACCACGAAACAUUGGCUUCCUUUUGCAGGAUUCCAUCUUGCGAAGUGGAGUCGAAAUGGCAACGAUGGCUGCCUGCAUGUUGGGCGCCGGGAGGAGUUGGAGACGUCCAACUCCGAUGAGCAUAUCGCAGACCUCAUCGAGAUCUCCCUGGGCUCUAAGACCACGGAUAUCGCACAUAGCCUCUUCUCUGCCCUCAGGGAAUUGGAUCAGCGGGGCGUGGAUAUCAUUUAUGUGGAAGGCAUAGAAGAUAAGGCGGACAUUGCUGCUGCAGUCAUGAACAGACUCCGCAAAGCAGCUACCGUCAUUGAGCAGUGA